AACACACUUCCGCAUAGGUAGACUCCCACAUGUUUCACCAGUCUGUAUCUCUUGAGGAGACACACUAAAACUAAUUUCUUUAGAGGUGUUAUUUCCCCCCUGGUUUUUUAUUGCUAAUAUGAGUCCUCUGUGUGACAGCUGCGUCGAGAACGUCAAUAAUCUCAAUCAGCAGGUGUCUGUGAUGAGGAAAGAAAUCAAGAACCUGAGGGAGAUGUUGGCCAGUGCAAUUCGAGCGCAUCGCAAACACAUGACAUCCAUUCAGUCUGCUGUGUCAAACAUUAAACUGUGUGAACCAGAUGAAGACCAGACAGCAUCACCACCACCACCUUCAUUAACAUCACCUCAGGCCGCAUUGGAGCAAGGAUCCAUCCAGACAGUCCCAAUCGGAUACAUAAGUUCCUGUUUCUCUGUGAAGAAUGGGACCCCCAGACAGCCCACCAUAUGUGGCCCCUCGAGGGCAGAGCUGCGCAUCCAGCAGAGUGUCUUCAAUAACCCUGAGCACGCUUUGGUGGGCCUCGAGCAAUACUCCCACGUCUGGAUUAUCUUCCUCUUUCACAAAAACGGACACUUGAGCUACAAAGCCAAAGUGAAGCCUCCUCGACUCAACGGUCAGAGAGUGGGUGUGUACUCUACACGCAGUCCGCACCGACCAAAUGUACUGGGCCUAACUCUGGCAAAACUCGAUAAAAUUGUUGGAGAUACAGUACAUCUGUCAGACAUUGACAUGAUUGCUGGCACCCCAGUCCUGGACAUCAAACCCUACAUCCCAGAGUAUGACUCUCCUCAAACCAGGAUUGUUCUGGACUCAGAAUCCUGUGAUUCUAAUAAAGACCAACUACAUUCAACUGCUGUGUCACUAAAUGAGACCACAGGCACAUUAAAACUCGAUAAAGACUCGGAAACAGAUCCUCAGUCAGGUCUAAAAACUGAAAGAACUGAUGAAGAAGAUGACUCAGGAACUCUCCUCUCAAGAGAAAAAUCUGAAGUAGGUGUUCCGGUGUCAGAUUCCAGAGUUGGUGCUCAGUUUGCCCUUCCUAAAGUCCUGCAAAGUGUGCUGGAGGAGGUCAAGACCUUUGUAACCCAGGGGGAAGUUUGUCAGCUGAGUUGUGCGAGUGAGGAUCAAGUUUCAGACUCGCCAAAAACAGAACCACAGGAGUCGACUUUGGACCACCUCUGCUACGGAGAAGAGGCCUACAGCACCAUUGCCGGCUGGAUUAGAGAGCCUCCUGUUGGAAGUCUGGAUGUGCGUUUCACCCCUAAUGCUGAGAGGGAGUUAGCAGAGUUCCUUCCCGCACACCUGUCAGGAGGACCCUCUGACAGUAACAGACCCAGGUUCAAGUUUCUACAAGGUCCAGAGGAGGCUGCUGCUGCCAUCAGAGGGGUGCUGUCAGCAGACCCUCGCUCAGUCUACAGGAGGACACGCUGCAGAGACAGACUCUUCUACUUCACCCUGGAUACAGCCGACAUCACCUGCUGGUUUGGACGAGGCUUCGCUGAGGUGUUGCAGGUCCGACCUGUUGAGCAACACGUCGCCUCGAUGUCAGAAACAAUUUCACUGAAAAAUGCAUAGAUGUUAGUCUACAUUCUACUAAGUGUUCAUCAACUCAACAUUUUUUCAUGGAACACUAAUGUGUAUUUUAGUAAGAAGAUGGAUCUUGUUGAAAAUCAAGUCACAUGAAAAAGCUCAUGAGUUAUUAAAUAAAUCAUAUUUGAAAUAGAAA